CAGUUAGACGGCAUUAGGGCAGUGGACAGUGUCAGUAGGGCAGUAGACGAUGUCAUUAGGGCAGUGGACAGUGUCAGUAGGGCAGUAGACGAUGUCAUUAGGGCAGUGGACAGUGUCAGUAGGGCAGUAGAUGAUGUCAUUAGGGCAGUGGACAGGGUCAGUAGGGCAGUAGAUGAUGUAAUUAGGGCAGUGGACAGUGUCAGUAGGGCAGUAGAUGAUGUAAUUAGGGCAGAGGACAGUUUCAGUAUUAGAACACUAAGGAGACAUCCAGUGCAGGUGAACACACACUGGACUGAAACAUGGAAGUGUGAACAGAUAAGAAAAUGGUUAUAUUUGGGUAUG